UUCUCAGCAAGCUCCGCGCGCUGGUCCUCAGGCGAAAGAGGGAUAUUUGUGAGGCGGCGCCGGUGCCGUAGAGCUCCGACAGACCCACUGGCGUGGAGCCCGCGCCUGCUGAUGCUCAGGGCAAGGCGGACUCCAGCCGUUUCCGAGCCGCCCACCUCUUGCGGCGGCUUCAUGGGGCCGCAGGAGCAGGUACCUGUGCAGAGCGGUGCCGCCGCCGUGUCCCCGGCAGCGCUGGAGAAGCUGAAGCAGCGGGCGGCUGAGUGCAUCGAGCUGAGCGCCGAGCGGCUGAGCGCCCUGAGCCGGGAGAUCUGGAGCCGCCCCGAGCUGGCCUACGAAGAGCACCAGGCGCACAGCGCCAUGACCCGCUUCUUCUCGUGCGCCGAGCUGCCGGGGGCCGCCUGGGCCGUGCAGCCGCACUACAAGCUGGACACGGCUUUCCGGGCCGAGUGGGGCCCCACAGCCCCGGCCUCGCGGCCGCUGCACUUGGGCUUCCUGUGCGAGUACGAUGCGCUGCCCGGGAUCGGACACGCCUGUGGCCAUAACCUCAUCGCCGAGGUGGGGGCGGCCGCUGCCCUGGGCGUGAAGGGCGCCCUGGAGAGUCUGCCCCAGCCGCUCCCCGCCGCGGUGAAGAUCACUGUGCUGGGAACUCCUGCAGAAGAAGGUGGAGGUGGCAAAAUAGAUCUCAUGGCAGCUGGUGCUUUUGAUGAUCUGGAUGUUGUUUUUAUGGCCCAUCCAGCACAAAGUGAUGUCGCUUAUUUACCUGAUGUGGCUGAGCAUGAUGUGACUGUGAAAUACUAUGGAAAAGCUUCUCAUGCUGCUGCUUAUCCUUGGGAAGGAGUAAAUGCAUUAGACGCUGCUGUUCUUGCAUACAACAAUAUAUCAGUUUUAAGACAGCAAAUGAAACCAACCUGGAGAGUUCAUGGCAUAAUAAAAAAUGGUGGCGUGAAACCUAAUAUCAUCCCUUCUUAUUCUGAGCUAGAGUUUUACUUGCGUGCCCCUUCACUGAAGGACCUCACCAUUCUGACAAAGAAAGCUGAAAAUUCCUUCAAAGCUGCAGCUGUGGCCACAGAAUGCAAAGUGGAAAUCAAAGGUGGAAGGCAUGAUUACUACAAUGUGCUUCAGAACAAGAGUCUGCAGAAAACUUACAUGGAGAAUGGAAAAGAGCUUGGAAUGGAAUUCCUUGCAGAUGAGUCUUUUUUGAAUGGUCCAUCAGGUUCCACUGACUUUGGGAAUGUUACGUAUGUGAUUCCUGGGAUUCAUCCCUAUUUUUACAUUGGCUCAGAUGCAUUGAACCAUACUGAGCCAUACACUGCAGCUUCAGGGUCUCAAGAAGCACAGUUCUACACUCUACGUGCAGCAAAAGCUUUGGCAAUGACUGCACUAGAUGUUAUCUUCAAGCCAGAUCUGUUGGAAAAAGUCAGAGAAGACUUCAGACAAACGACUCUAAAAGAGAAAGGCCACUUAAAUGUAACGGAACAAGGCAAAGAAUCUGGCCCAGCGGCAGCGUGUGCAACACGUUAAACAAAACUAAAACCUAAAUACUUCCAUGUUAACGGAAUAAAUGUUCUACUUGAAUUCUAAAGGAGGCAGGACAGAUUUCUUAGCUGGAGGAAGGUUGACUUUUGACUUUUGACUUUUUUUUUUUUUUUAAGGGAUGUAGGGAAACCAAAUGGUCUCAUUACUUUCAAAAAAAAUUUCCUCUUAAAAAUAAUCAUGUAGUUGUAAUUUUGCAUGCUAUAAAAUGAUACACGCUAUUUGGAUGGUUGAUCCACAGUGACAGACAAUUGGUUGAAUGCUUUUUGCACAGUACUUCAGUCUACAGCUACAACAUCCACAUUUCAGGUUAAGAUGGCAGAACCAUAUAGAAAAGCUCACCUAUUAAAAAUACCCUAAAAACAUUGACCUGUCAUGGUAAACCUUUUGUGGGGAAGGACUGGAGGAACCAUGUGUUGAAAUCUGUACAAGAUGUAUAACAACCCCAUCCCCUAGCUAAAGUACAAACUUUCAGGGGAAAGUAACAUACCAGAGAGGGUAAAUCUGUACACUUGAGCCAAAAUAGGGUGCCUAAAAUAAAAUUCUAUGUAGGUGCCUAAAUUGGUAGCCUUAUUUUUCAGUGGUGCUGAGCUCCUAGCAUCUCCCACAGAACUUAAUUGGAACGGAAUGCUUCCAAAAAUCAGGGCUUGCUCAUAGGAGUUCAACGUAGGUCUUGUCUGCAGGAGAAAGCUGCACCUGUUUAAAGGUGUCAAUCUUUUUUUUUUUUUUUUUUAAAGCCAAUUCAGUUAAACUAGUACAAAAGGCUUCAUAAACACUCCUUAUAUUUUGGUUUAACUUAAGUUUAAUAAUCUGUUUAAGCUAAACCAAAAUAAGUGUCCACACAAAAUUUUGCUUAAGUUGGUUUAAAAACAGCUUAAAUUAAAACCAGUGCAAUUUUCUCAAACCCAGCAUCAAAUCUAUUUUUUAGAAUUAUUUUAUUUAUUUUAAUUCUUAGCCCUUGUGCUUUGUCAUACAGAAAUAGUCUCCCCAGCUCUCAUUCCUGUCAAUUUCCAAAUCAUGUGUUGUUGAAAGACUAGGAUUCAACACUAACAUAACCAAGCAAAGAGAACAGCUGCGCAAAAUGGAAUGUACAUCUCUACCUCAAUAUAACGCGACCCAAUAUAACACUAAUUCAGUUAUAAUGCGAUAAAGCAGUGCUCCGGGGGGAUGGAGGGGAGAGAGCUGCGCACUCCGGUGGAUCAAAGCAAGUUUGAUAUAACGCAGUUUCACCUAUAACGCGGUAAGAUUUUUUUGACUCCCGAGGACAGCGUUGUAUCGAGGUAGAGGUGUAAUUGGUAUUCUUUCAGAUACAUAUCUGACUUAGAGAUUUUUUUUUUUCCCUAAUGUUGAUGGACAAUGGAGUAAACUAUAUACACCUACUCUUAUAUUUCCCCAUGUACUUAGUUUCUGUGGUAAAUCAUAGAACAGUGUUUGUCUGUUCAGGACUUUCUGGAAAACAUUAUACAAAGUUAAAUCUCAGAACUUUUGUAUUCAAAAUGCUGCAUGUAAUACCAACUGGAAGCUAAGUCCCAUACAAUUGUAUAGCAAAUGAACAUUUUCAUAAUCAUCUUGUUUAAAAGUUACUUAGAUAAUAAAUUUACCAUUUUUUUCUUC